AUGAGUUCGGCGGUCGCAUCCCGCCUUUCUUGGGGACUUAUUCUAUCAACUCUCGAUUUUUUGGCCUGUUUGUUGUUCGCAUUUUUGCACGAUGGUACUUUUUCUGUGAACAAUUUUACUAGUCAAUUCACAAACUUUUCCUUUUUCACUUGGUAAGUUGGGAAUUUCGUCUGCAAAAAGUCGUGUUGUGCGUAGAAUCCGCAAACACGCACUGUGCAUUAGAGCGCACUUUCUUAUUUUUGUGUUUUUGAAGUAAAACAUGGGCUAGAAUCUCACCUUGUAAGAUUCUGGUAUUAUCGAAAAUCCCAUCGGUACCACGCGCUCCACCGAAAUGAACACGCAACGCAGACCGCGCCGCGCCAUAACACACAAAAAAAAGAGAGAAUUUGAAUCGUUCUCUUAUUUGUGUGUGUUGUCGCGCGACGCGGUCUGCGUUGCGUGUUUAUUUCGGUGGAGCGCGUGGUACCAAUGAGAUUUUCGAUAAUAUCAACUCAAAAACACACAAAAAAGAAAAAUGCGCUCUAAUGCACGCGUGUUUGCAGAAUUCACGCGCAACACUCUGACGAACUUUCACAGACCACCAUUUUUUUUUCAAAAAUUUCCAGUACAAUCGAUCUAUUCCUCCUCCAAUUCAUCCGCUCAGCCCUUUGGUUUGUCCCCGCAAUUAUUCACAUAAUCAACAAACCCGACACUCUUUCUUCAUGGAAAGAGCCAAUAUUCUGCGCAAGUCUUUUGAUCUGCGCAGCUUCCCCAACCAAACUUCUCCUCCUCACCGAACGCCUCAAACCCGACGAGUUUUUGACAUUCGGCGACACCGCAUUUUUGAUCUGGAACUUUUUGGCCGCCAUCAUUUUGGACUCCUCUUGGAACCGCUAUUUCAGUCGAACACCAUCUUCGUACAUCAUUUUGGAUGAAGAUAAUGAAGAUUUAGAGCAUCGACCAAAAGAGACAUUCGAACUGAUUUUCAGACUUUUGCAAUAUUGUAAAAGAGAAUGGUUGUGGCAUAUUUCAGGAUUCUCAUGGCUUUUCAUCUAUUCAGUCAGUGAGUAUCUAGAACUUCUCUGAAAUAAUAGAAAGAAUAAUUGGACAAACUUUCAGCAAGAAUCUUUGUUCCAUAUUAUACGGGUCAAGUUAUCGCAACUGUCGUUGCCACAAAAUCCUAUCCAGCUUUGUCAAAUGCAGUGUAUAUUAUGACUUUCAUCUCACUUGUUAGGUUUGUGAAUUUUUCGAAAUGAAUUUCAAAAAAAAAGAAAGAGGAUGCGAUUAUUUGGAACACGUUUGUAAAUAAAAAAAAUAAAUUCAGUUUCUUUUUUCCCCUCAUUUUGAAAUGCAAGAGACAGCGCCUCCCUUUAAAUGGGUCUCGACGCGAUGUGUUUAUUUUUGCAGUGCUGUAGCUGCUGGUUUCCGUGGUGGAUCUUUCGAAUACGCGUAUGCCAGAAUUCAAAGAUCAAUCAGAUAUGAUUUAUUCUCCGGUUUAGUUCGUCAAGAUGUUGCUUUCUACGAUGCACAUAAAACUGGUUUGAAAAAAUGCUGCUCCCAAAUUCAUCUCAUAUUAUUUUCCUUCCUCCAGGUGAAAUCACAUCUCGUCUGGCAGCCGAUUGUCAAACAAUGUCCGACACCGUCGCGUUGAAUGUCAACGUUUUUCUUCGAAAUUGUGUGAUGCUUUUGGGCUCGAUGAUUUUUAUGAUGAAAUUAUCGUGGCGAUUGUCACUUGUCACUUUCAUUUUGGUACCAAUUAUUUUUGUGGCCUCGAAAAUUUUCGGAACUUAUUAUGAUGUUAGUUGAAAAACGUGGCAGUGCAGUCAUUCGCGUGCGGCUGUGCGUCGCGGUCGGGAAACAAACCGCGACGCACAGCCGCACGCGUCACAUUUUCAACUUCGCCAAUAUAUAUAUUUUUGCAGCUUCUUUCUGAACGAACUCAAGACGCUGUUGCUGAAUCAAACGAUGUUGCUGAAGAAGUUUUAUCAACAAUGAGAACAGUUCGAUCAUUUGCAUGUGAAAAAGUUGAAGCUGAUAGAUUUUACGAUAAACUUACCGUAACUCUCAAUGUCACACGUACCAAAGCAAUCGCAUAUGUCGGAUUCCUUUGGGUCUCCGAACUUUUCCAAUCAUUCAUCAUUGUCGCCGUUCUCUGGUACGGUGGACAUUUGGUCUUGACCGGCAAAAUGAAGGCCGAUUUAUUGGUCUCAUUUUUAUUGUAUCAAAUGCAACUUGGUGACAAUUUGCGACAAAUGGGCGAAGUUUGGACGGGAUUGAUGCAAUCUGUUGGAGCGAGUCGGAAAGUUUUCGAAUAUAUUGAUCGAGAACCGCAAAUUCAACAUCACGGGGAAUAUCAACCAGAAAAUGUUGUUGGUAAAAUUGAAUUCAGAAAUGUGCAUUUCAGUUAUCCAACUAGAAGUGAUCAACCGAUUUUGAGAGAUCUAUCAUUCACUGUUGAACCUGGAGAGACAGUAGCCCUUGUUGGACCAUCAGGUUCCGGAAAAUCAUCAUGUAUCGCACUUCUCGAAAAUUUCUAUCUACCAAAUGCCGGGCAAGUUUUAGUAGAUGGUGUUCCACUCGAAGAAUAUGAACAUCACUAUAUUCACAAGAAAAUCGCAUUAGUCGGACAGGAACCAGUUCUAUUUGCAAGAUCUGUUAUGGAAAAUGUUCGAUAUGGAGUUGAUGUACAGGAUACGGUAUGUUAUCCUAGCUCAUCUAGUAAAAAUAACUUGUAAAAACUUAUUUAGGAAGUCAUAAAAUCAUGUGAAAUGGCGAAUGCUCACGGUUUUAUAAUGCAAACCACUUUGAAAUACGAGACAAAUGUUGGAGAAAAAGGUACACAAAUGUCAGGAGGGCAAAAACAAAGAAUUGCGAUUGCUCGAGCAUUAGUUCGAGAACCCGCGAUUUUAUUGCUCGAUGAAGCAACUUCGGCAUUAGAUACUGAAUCGGAACAUGUUGUUCAAGAGGCUAUUUAUAAAAAUUUGGGUGGUAAAAGUGUUAUUUUGAUCGCACAUCGAUUGUCGACUGUUGAAAAGGCUGAUAAGAUUGUUGUUAUUAGUAAAGUGAGUGAUCAAGUCGUUUUCUCAAAAACACAGGCGCCUCAAAACAAAUUUAAAAAAAAACAAAAAAAGAAAGUGCGCUCUAAUGCACAAAUUUUGUGUCUGCGUGUUUGCAGAAAAAACGGUGACGACUAUUUGCAGACCACCUAAAUGGGUAAUUUUGAAUUUACUUCAAAUUUCCGAUUUUUCAAAUAGCCUUAUUUUUGAAUUUUAAAAAAUCUAGCCUAAUUUUUAUCCAAAAAUAGGAUUUGAAAAAUCGGAAACUUGGAGUAACUUCAAAAUUACCCAUUCAGGUGUCCUGCAAAUAAUGGUCACCGUGUUUUCUGUAAACAUGUACACACAGAAUUUGUGCAUGCAUUAGAGCGCAUUUUCCUUUUUUGUUUCGUUUCGUAUGUUUUCAGGCACCCGAGUUUUAAGGUAAACAAGUUGAUACUAGAAGUUUUGGAACCUUAUUCCAAAAUAGCGAAUCAAAAUCUGAUUAAUUUAGGGAAAAGUCGAGCAAAUUGGCUCACAUGAGCAAUUAUUGGCUGACAAAGAAGGAACUUAUGCUAAACUUGUUCAACGUCAAAUGAUGGGCGAACAAAAACCCAAGAAAAAUAAUGGUGCAAAUUCGAAACGGUGAGAUUUUUUUGUUGAAUUUUGUUUUUCAAAUACAACAAUCAAUAUUUUGUCAGACCAGCUAAUUCAAUAAAUGUUGGUGGAACAUCGCAAGGAAAUGCAAUGUCUCUACUCUCAACAUCUUUCAGUCAAUCAGCAAGCAGUGUAACUUCUCAUUAG